AAAACGUCGAUGGCAGAAGUAUUCUCAUCAAACCGAUGUCCUGGCACAUCCCAUACUCGAACUGAUCCGUCUAGAAUAGAAUAUGAAUACAAUCCACACUUCAACUCAAAUGGUUGCUUUGGCCCUUCUGCACACUCCCAUGAACUGGCAUCAUCGCAUGGACUAUGCUCCGAGCAAACCACGCCCCCAGCACAGCCACCCACCCCAGAAUCCCACCGACAGGCCAUAAUAUCCACGCCUCAUUCCGCCUGUCCACAUGUUUCUCAUUCCAGAAAGAAGGGUACCCCAGCGUCAUUCCCCACGGCUCUAUCCAAUAGUCCACGAAUGCACGCGCCCACGCACUGGAAGCAGUGAGAGUGGGUACAAAUGUAAAGACAACGUAGAUCCACCAAGUUUUUCUAUCGGUGGGGUAUUUGCACGGCGGAGGUGCGUCUUUCUCGAUAACUGUGGCUUGAUAAUACGCUAUGCCACAUAUUAUCUGCGUAAAAAAUGCCGCGGUGGAAAAUCUAUCAUGGCGCAGCGAUCUUGGUGGGUACGUUGAGUUGUUGUUUCCGGUGUGGAUGGCCACUUCUAUAACGAUAGUGAGGAUGAUGAUGACAACGGAGAGGAGGGCUCCCGUCAGCGAGAAGUGGUUGGCUGGGUGGUCGCAGCUCAUUUUCCUGAACGCCGAUUUGCUAAGUGGGUAGUGGCUGUUCGUGAUGGCGGUCCCAAAUUGAAGAAGAGGUUCAGGCAGAAAUCAUGCCCUAUCUGUAUAGAUUGGUGUCUGGCGUCCUUUGAGGAGGGGAUGGCUUGCCUCUUAUUUGCAUUGUACGAGAGCAUGCGGUUUUUACCUGACAUUGGGAGGAAGUGGCGCAGCUGGGGGCCUUUUUCCUGCCGCACAUGGAAAAAUCUGAGUACGCUGAGGUUACUGUUUCUGGAACUGGAAUUUUUGUAUGUCAACACAUCACGAACAGCAUAUAUUCAUCAUGUCUACCGCUUUCCCACGC